UCGAACCAAAAACUCAUUCCUAUAUUUAAAACGAGGAUACUUCACUGGCACCAGAUGCGCUCUGGAUUUCAUGGGGAAAGAAACCUUCUCUUGAAUACAUUCUCUAUUUCAGCCGACGUCUGCACCAAUUAAACUUGUAAUUUCGACACAUUUCUAUCAAUUCUGGAUUUGUAUACUUCACAUACUAACGGAUAACAGAUCGAUUGCUACAUUGACCUCUAAUCAUUUGGAGCAGGUGUUAUCUUUAAACGACACGGAGUUUGACUGUCACUGGUGAUCACACAAGUAUAGGAGAGAGGAUAUAACGUCCAGCUGCAAUUGUGCGACCUACUAAACACACUCCAUACACUCACAUUCAAAACGCGGAUAACUCCUUGUGACAGGCUGAAACGGUUCGCCAUGGUGUCCUAUAUCAUACGCAGUGGAAGGGUGGAUGAUUGCGAAGAUGUUGUCCGGCUCAUGCAGAAGCUGUCCGCCCAUGAGGGGUUUGCGGAUCAGUCCAAGAUUUCUGCAGAAGAUCUCCGCCGAGACGGGUUCGGCCCCGAUCCAGUCUUCCAGUGUGCCGUGCUGGAGAAGCUGUUCGGUGAUGGGACAUCUGAACUAGUGGGAUACGCCCUAUACUUCUACGGGUUCUGCUCAUGGAACGGCAAGAUGCUCUACUUCGAAGACCUCUUCGUUGAGAGGGAGUACCGAGGUAUGGGACUAGGCGUUGCUCUCAUGCACAAGGUUAUUAAAAUGGCGGUAGACCGAGGCUGCAAAUGCAUCCAGGCUUGCGUUGUCGAAUGGAACACAGAAGUCAGACAACUCUACAGACAUCUUGGCAUUGAAGAUCUGACUGAGACGAAGAAAUACCAUAUUCUCUCGUUCACCGGCGAAAAACUGGACAAAUUUGUGAAGAAAGAGUCCUUCAUCAGUAAAGACAUGAUUCUCAAAGCAGAUUUGUGAUUUUUUUUUUUAGAACUGUUUCCCAAUCUGGAAUUCAGAGCUGUCGGGUUAGGUCGGGACGCUUAACAGACUAAAGAGGAAUAGUUCCUAAAGAUUUUGUCGAAGACCAUACCCGAAAACGGAGCAGAUCUGUGAUGAA